AUUUGUUCUAAGCAAACCUGAAGAUUCUACAAGAACGGAGGGAGUAUAUUAACUUACAAGCAACUUUCCGGGUUGAAUACGGGCGAACAAAACUGAACUCGUAUGAUCGUAUCCAAGAUCGGCAGCUUAUCUUGAACAGUUGAACUGUGGAAAGGACGUACUGAGCUAUGGGAACCGUGAAAUUAAUCAUAUCAUUCAUACAGUAGCCGCCAAUCCCAAUGCCAUUGAAAGCUCCAAGCUUCCAACGUCCACAAAAGACUGACUUUUUCCCGAACACACUUGGGCGGGAAACUUAAGUAGGCAGGCUUAGCUCUCCCUCGUCAGCUCAAGAUUACAACUUUCAAGUAAACACAGAAUGAAGAGAACUCGAAGAGAAACGGAAGGGAACGGAAGCAGAGCAACUGCCGAAGAAGAAGAAAGUCCGGCGAUUGGGAUCGAUCUGGGGACCACAUACUCUUGCGUCGGAGUGUGGCAGCCCCAACAUGGCCGCGUUGAGAUCAUCUCCAACGAUUUAGGCAACCGUACGACGCCGUCAUGGGUUGCGUUUACUGAUGCCGAGCGCCUUAUCGGAGAAUCUGCCCAGAACCAGGCCGCAAUGAAUCCCCCCAAUACCAUCUUCGAGGUGAAGAGGCUAAUUGGUAGAACUUUUUUUGAUGCAAUGGUGCAAAACGACAUGAAACACUGGCCUUUUAAAUUGACUGUUGUCCCCUGAUGGUGGGGUUGGAAAGAAGCCCAUGAUAGUGGUCACUUACAAGGGCGAGGAGAUAUCUUCAAUGAUC